UCCGAUAUUUUCUUAUCUACCCAAGUUUCCUUUUGCCCUGUUUCCAGCUCAAAGCUAAAAGCAGCUCCUUGCUUCUCUCUCUCUUCCUCAAAGCUCGGCUCCGCCUAACUAAGGUCAGCCAAUGGCACCGUCAUUACCACCGCUGUCGCCGCCGUCGCUGCUGGUUGUCCUCAUCUUACUAACCUCCACCGCAUUGCUUUGUGAAUCAAGGUUAAGCUUAGAUUACUACUCCAAAACCUGUCCAAGUUUCAACAAAAUCAUGCAAGAAACCAUAACCAACAAGCAAAUCACCAGUCCCACAACAGCUGCAGGAACACUUCGCCUCUUCUUCCAUGAUUGUCUCUCUAACGGAUGUGACGGUUCCAUUCUCAUCACCUCUACGGCAUUCAACAAAGCUGAACGCGACGCCGACAUCAACCUUUCUCUCCCUGGAGAUCCCUUUGACCUCAUUGUACGUGCCAAGACAGCCCUGGAACUCUCCUGUCCUAACACAGUCUCUUGCGCUGAUAUCAUUGCUGUCGCUGCCCGUGACCUUGUGACUAUGGUUGGUGGCCCGUAUUAUAAUGUCUAUCUCGGACGUAAAGAUUCAAGAUUUUCUCAAGCUUCUACAAUAGAAGGGCAACUGCCUAAACCCAAUAUGGAUAUGUCACAAAUUAUCGAUCUUUUUGCUGCAAGAGGGUUCAGUAUUCAAGAAAUGGUGGCCUUAAGUGGUGCACACACAAUUGGGUUUUCUCAUUGCAAAGAGUUUAGCUCAAAUGUUGGCAAUGAUACCCAAUACAAUCCAAGGUUUGCUCAAGCAUUGAAACAAGCGUGUUCAGAUUAUCCAAAUAACCCAACUUUAUCUGUUUUUAAUGAUAUUAUGACUCCCAACAAGUUUGAUAACUUGUAUUUUCAGAAUUUACCAAAGGGUUUGGGGGUUUUGAAAUCAGAUCAUGGGUUGUAUAAUGAUCCUAGAACAAAGCCUUUUGUGGAAUUGUAUGCAAAGGAUCAGAACAAGUUCUUUCAAGAUUUUGCUAGAGCUUUGCAGAAGCUCAGUGUUUACGGGAUCAAGAUUGGGAGGAAAGGAGAGAUUAGGCGCAGGUGUGAUGCUGUUAACUGAGUUUUUGAGCUGUUAUUAUUAUCUGAGGUGGUUAACUUUGGUUUCUUUUUACUGAAUUCUUUCUGGGGUUCUGAAGAUCUUUUGAAAAGAUGUAUACUUGUCUUGUAUCAAUUGUCACUUCAGGUUAAAUUUAUACAUAUUUAUUCUUAUUCUGUGUUCUGGGUUUCAAAGUUCCAAUCCUUUUUUCUCGUUCUUCAGUGUUGG